AUGCAGCAGGCUGUACUCAUCACUAGCCGAGAUCUGCAAUACGCAGCCCUGGAGGCGGCCCACGCCCACGACAGAAGGGCCGCCCAGCCGUAUGCUGUGAACCACGACUGGAUCCAGUCUAUGUUUUUGCCAAUGGCGAUAGAUUGUGAGGAACAGUUCCUGCUCAACCCUGAAAUCUUCCGUCGGCAGUUCUUUGACCAAAAAUUGAACUGGGAGCAGAAGAAAGCCGUAGAAAGCAUCUGUUUGCAGGACUAUUGUGCCCUAUCGUACCUCGUAUUGGGGCCGCCGGGCACGGAAAAGACCAGAACUCUCAUCAAGAUAGCUUUGCAGCUUGUGUAA